CUCCGCUGCUCCGCUGUUCCCCUCCGCAGCCUUGACCCCCACUGUCACGGCGACCUCCGACAUAAAGGAAGAGAAGGAGAAGCAGGAGGAGGAGGAAGAGAGGACUGUCACUACAUUACAUGACCACAGAUAAGGGACUUUUUUCUGUGUUGGUCAGUUUGUGCUGUGAACCGUCAGAUUGGAUCCUUCCGCCGCUCCGCUAAACAUUUGUCGCGCGCGGUGUUUGUUCCUAAGCAGCGGACGCAUCCGCCAGCAGAGAGGAACAGAGGUUUGUUAUCAGCAUAGCUUUGAGUGGACCAGCAACAUCAAAUUGCUGACUAUGUCCACUGAAGUGAGAUCAUGACUUUACUCAACGAGUCAGAUGAGACUUCCCCUCCCUCCUUCCCUCUGUCCUACCUCGACGGCAAUUCCUCCAUCUUUGUCACCUCCGACCCCUCCUUGUCACCCGCCUCCUCACCCUCCUCAUCCUCGCUGACGUCCUCUAACUGCACCACCCCAUCGUCUGUGACCUCUCCUCCCUAUAACUUCUACGCGGUGCUGCUGGUCCUCCUGAUCUUCUUUGUGGUGUUUGGGAAUGUGCUGGUAUGUGUGGCGGUGUCACGAGAGCGCGCCCUGCAGACCACCACCAACUACCUCAUCGUGUCCUUGGCGGUGUCCGACCUGCUCCUUGCCACGUUGGUCAUGCCAUGGGGCGUCUACCUGGAGGUGGUGGGUGAGUGGCGCUUCAGUCUCAUCCACUGUGACAUCCUGCUCACUCUGGACGUCAUGAUGUGCACCGCCAGCAUCCUCAACCUUUGUGCUAUCAGCAUUGACAGAUACACAGCAGUUGCCAUGCCAUUGCUCUAUAACACCCGCUACAGUUCCAGGAGGAGGGUGGCUGUUAUGAUUGCGGUGGUGUGGUUUCUCUCCUUUGCCAUCUCCUGCCCUUUGCUGUUUGGACUCAACAACACUGCCACUAGAGAAGGCACCACAUGCAGCUUUGCAGAUCCGGCCUUCGUGGUUUACUCGUCGGUAGCCUCCUUCUACGUUCCCUUCAUUGUUACGUUGCUGGUGUACGCGCAGAUCUGCGUGGUGCUGCGCAAACGAGGCAGACGCACAGCCCCCCCACGCAGACAUGGCCUCCACACACAAAGCGCACCUGAGGCAGGGGACGGCCAUCGACACAGGAAGAAUAAGUGUACACAGCCAGAAGACGUGAAGCUGUGCACCCUCAUCCUCAGACCUGCCACCACCGCCCCCCAGCGCAAGAAAGUGAACCUACCCCCCUCCCUGUCUGUGUGUCAGACCCUGGUGAAGGAGGCGGUGGUCCAUCCCCUUGAACUGGAGCCGGGUCAGUUCCUACCACAGACUGAACAGAACUUACCUCCUCACGCUGCUCCACAAACGUCCUCCCAUGCGGGUCGAGCCAGGAUCUCCCUGUCCAUCUCAGUAGGACCUACGCCGGUCCUUCCUUCAAACAUGACCAGAUCGACCCUGACGCCUCGGCCCCCGACUCUGGAGGACGGUAUGAGGGGCCGCGAGGGAUGGAGGGAGCGCAGCGGAGGCAGAGACAAGUGGGGGAUCACCAAGGAGAGGGUGAGGGGGAGGCUGUCGCAGCAGAAGGAGAGGAAAGCCACACAGAUGCUCGCCAUCGUGCUCGGUGUGUUCAUCAUCUGCUGGCUGCCUUUCUUCUUAACCCACGUGCUGAAGGCCCACUGCCGGAGCUGCUGUAUUUCCCCUUCGCUGUACAGUGCUGUCACCUGGUUGGGGUAUCUCAACAGCGCUGUCAACCCUGUCAUCUACACCACUUUCAACAUCGAGUUUCGCAAAGCCUUCAUCAAGAUCCUGCACUGUUGAGAGUCAGAGAGGAGAGACGGAGUCAAAUGUCAGGAAAGAAACGUGCUUUAAUCCUGGAUUCAGAUCAGAGGUGAGAGAGUGAGGGUAAGGAAGGGGGGAGGGACAGGAAGGGAGGGGACGACACAAUGGACGUGUACAACUUAGGAGACAAAGUGAAUAAAAAUUAAAGAUGAAAGAACGCAGCCUCUUAGACAAGACUGAGAAGACAGAAAACAUGGCAUACAGAGGGAAGAAAACCAGUCAAAGAGACUACAAGAUAAACAGAAAGAAGCAGAAUCUGACACGGAAAGACAGCGACGACAGACACAAACCAGCUGGAGAUGUUUAUGGAAAAAAGGCGUGCGCUGAGUUGUGUACAUAAAGGGAAUAUGUGAAGGCUGGCGAUGUCCCCGCAAUAUUCCCACUGAUGGACGGCACACAUCAGAUGAAGAAGUUGGGACUGUUUUUCAGACUUUACUGAACUCUUAACUUGUGUCAGACUCUUCAUUGUUGUAUUUUCCUGUAAUCUAGUUGAAAGAUACUGUGUUAUUUGUUCACAUGUGUUUGUCUUUUUCUCAGAGGAGAACGAAAAGGGUGACGUAAGACUUCAACGCAAACUACGUCUUUUUCUUUGAACGCCUCAGGCUCUAUCGUUUUUCACACUUUUUGACAGCUGACUGACAUUACAUCAAAGGAGGAACAUUAUUGAUUCAGACACUGACUACGUCUCCAGUGAAUGAAGAUAGGUUUCCUCCAGUGUAAUGUGAACAUUCUCCGCACCACGUAAGAGUGUGUACAUGUCAUAUUUACUCUUGUAAAUAGUCCAUUUGCUGCAUUAGAAGUAGCAACUCAACUGCUGUACAUAAAAUCAAUAACAAUAAUAAAGAAAAUUCUUUUGAUCA